GGUUUGUUUGCAGGCAUGUCUGAAUGAGCAUACCUAUCAGUUACUAGGUCAGAGGUGCCUAAUCAUUGCAUAAAAGAGGGAAGUGUUUCAUGUUACCCUUUCUUUUGUUCUGGAUUUUUAUUGGUGUCAGUGCACAAGAGUUCACCACAACCUUAUUUCGAAACUCCCCCGCCUUCACAUGCUUCUGUCAAAGCUGGAUUAAAUGACUGAGGGAAUCUUCCCUACCACAAAUGCUGCUGUCUUGCUUUCAGUGCGUAAGAUCCAAGCAUUAGCAGUCACUAGGUAAGGGUUUAUAUCAUAGUCUGGUGAAGCUGCUGUUUGACUCCUUCCUUGCUGGAUGUUUGCUCUCAGGUGUGCCACAUAUUGAAGGUAGCCUAUAUGAAAAACUUCUGUGGAGUACCUUUCUGUCCUGUUUUUUCUGAUUCUGCUGGGAACAUGAGGAUGAGGAAGUACUUCUGAAGGGGGAAGCUCUCUCUUUAGUAUGGGUACCCGUGGCAUAGUGCUGUGUGUACUGCCAAGUGCCUUCUGGGGAUGGGGAGUCUUUUUUAAAUUUUUUUUCAUUGCGAAUGCAUGCAUAUGUUGGUGCAACCAAAUUCAUUUGGCUCCACCAGCCCAGCCUGGCUGUGCCUGUGCCUAUUCAGAGCUCUUGGUGAAAUUGUUUGUCUCUGCUUAUGGCAGAGUGUGCCUGAUAAUAGUGGUAUAUUUGGCUGUUUCUCCUCCUGCUAACCAACAUAGGAAAACCAGGACACUUCCUUAACCCAUGGGACACUUUGACCCACGUAUUUUCUUUGUAUUUUGUAUCAGCAGAGGUUUAUGGUAAGGAUGCUUCCAGUUAGUUCUAGAAAAAGUUAUUUCUUUUUGUCAUUUCUGGUGUUUUCAAGAUGUGUACAGUUUCCCCUAGUGGCAUGAUACCUACCAUGUGAUUUGGUUUAUUUUGAUCCAGCAGUUCUUUCCAAGGCAGAUCUCACAAUUAAUCUUUUAAUUGGAAGUGGACUUGCACAAGAGCUGCAGGAUGUAGGGCACAGUUUAUAAAAAUGCCCGAAUGUCUACUAUGAAGAGAGGAGCUGCUGUGAAGGAAGGCUGUCUGGUUGGUGUAUGAGCUGUUGGUCACGUACACCUGAUCUGAAAACCACUGGAGUCUGAAACACCUUGGACUUGCCGAAGGCAACCUAGUCUACCUGCGGAUGCUGUGAACUAGGAGCUGACCAAAAAGUGGGAGAGCUCCAGGAACCCUCCCUGGAAAAGAGUGCUGCUGGGGUGAGUGCAGAAGAAUGGCUGCGGCAGAACCUCUGACCGCUUUCUCCCGAUGGUACCUCUAUGCCAUCCAUGGCUAUUUCUGUGAGGUGAUGUUCACAGCUGCCUGGGAGUUUGUGGUCAACUUCAACUGGAAGUUCCCAGGCGUUACCAGUGUGUGGGCACUGUUCAUCUAUGGCACCUCCAUCCUUAUUGUGGAGAAGAUGUAUCUAUAUCUCAAAGACAAGUGUAACAUUUUAGUGCGCUGCUUCAUUUACACACUUUGGACAUACCUCUGGGAGUUCACCACUGGCCUCAUCCUACGACAGUUCAAUGCCUGCCCGUGGGACUAUUCCCAGUUUGAUUUUGACUUCAUGGGCCUGAUCACUCUGGAAUAUGCCAUCCCAUGGUUUUGUGCUUCUUUCAUCAUGGAACAGCUGGUGAUCAGAAACACCCUGCGCUUACGAUUUGAUGAGACUGCUGAGCCGGGGGCCCCCACCGUCCCCGUUGCCUUGGCCAAUGGCCACGUGAAGACAGAUUGAGCAGUGACUUAGAAUCACACUUAGCAAUCUGGGAGAGCCCAGACCGCUACCACAAACUGUCAGCUCUGGCUCCGAGGUACUGCUCCUUGCUGUAUGAUAAGAUUCAUAAACCCCAUUUUUCUAAUGGGGGUGUGCAUGGGAUAUACCAGAAAAAAUGGAACCAGUAGAUUUUCUAUGGAUUUUACUCUUUGGGCUCCAAGGACCAAUAUCAGUUACCUGUUAGUUAGGUCAUUUCUGAUUUUAACUUAUUACAGAUGAAAGCAGUCCUUUUGCUUACACUUUAACGUGGAGAAAGAAGAAAAAGAAAUGCUACAUCAGAAAUGCAUCCAAAAGAAAAACACCUAAUUAUUUGAUGGUCAUGGACACGCCAGCUGAGUUAGUGAUUGGCUUACUCCAUUAGGCAAUAUUCAGGUGCUUGCUUGCAACCAAUACCUCCUGUGGGACCUGAGAUGCUGCAGGAACAAGGAAAAUCCAUCUGCUGUUGAGAAGAACCUAAGACUGGCAGUCUGCUGGGGAGGUAGAUGGUGUUCCCCUCACCAGGUCCCAUUGGCCUCUCCCCAGGUUCUUUUUUGCACCAUGAAAUAAUUGGUGCUGGACAUCUUGCUGAAUUUAUACAGAUCUUGUACUUUUUGAAAUCUCAGUCCUGAUACUUACUAGAAAUUUUUUCUUUUUUUCUUUUUUUCUUUUUUUUUUUUAUGAAGGUCUUUUUUGCCAAGUGAAUUUUACCAUAAUCUGUGCAAUCUGAAUCUUGGCAAAAGGCGCAAGAAAUAGUGCAAGUCUUCCCAUCUCCUCUGUACUCCCAAAGCAGACUUUGCCUGACAGUCUGCUUCAGAUUCCAGCUCCCAUCUCAUCCAUGCAAACCUUGUAGAGACUAUACAGGCCACAAGAAUUUUCUGCCUUCCUUUCCAGGGAUUCCUCUGUUUCUGAUAAUGUCGGUGACUUAUGCUGGCUGCAGCCCAUUGUAUUUGAAGGUCAAAACCUUCGUGUGGCUAACAUGGUAUCUGGGAUUUGCUCCUCUGGCAUUGACUCUCAUGUUCCUUCAGCACUGGCAGGUCUUGGCUCAGUUCUGCCCAGUGUUCUCCUCAGUGUAUCAAGUAGAUUUGCUUUUUCUUCCCAAAUUCUGCUUUAAAUAACCACAACCAUAUUGUCAUGACAAUAAUUGGAGGCAGCAAGAGAUAUACCAUGCUGCCUGAUAAAUUUAUUAAAAAAAAAAAAAAAAAGAAAGCAAAAAAGCCUUCUCUGAAGAGCACUUAAUUCUUCAUGAUCUGCCUGAAUGAGACUUUUGAGUUAGGGUACAAGAACAGUGGGAGAGAGGUGGAGCAGGAGGGAGUGCUGUGGCUUCACUGUGGAACUACCUGCACUGGGAACAGUUUGAAAUUUAACCCAUUGGGAACACCUAUGGAGUACAAGGACAAUUGUGGUACAGGGAAGGUUUUUGAUAAUGGCAGCCAAAAGUUCACAAUUCACUCAGGCAAGUCUUGGCUUCUGAAGUUAGCAACAAACACGGAGCUUCCAGCUGUCAUAUGUCUCACUCCCAACCUGGGUUAUGGGGAAGGUUUGCUGUAGUUGCUCUGUAGGGCCAGAUUAAUUUUUUGUAUUCUUCCACCAUAGUCAGCAGAGCUGUACAAGGGAUCAAUUUGGCUUGAAAUGCAAAUGUGUUGUAGGAUUCCAUUCUUGUUUUGGAAAUAGUUGGGCUAUUUAUAUGUAGGUCACUUGUCUCUGGUAGGGGGUGCUCAGCUGUGAACCUGCUUUUUGCCCUUUGGUGGCCAUUCCUGAGAGGAAAAGCACUGUUGGUCCUGUGAGUUGAAUUGUUUCUUGGUUCUGCUCUUAUGAACGCAGUGUUAAUGCUUUUUUGUAUCACAUAGAGAGCAAUUAUUUUAUUCCUUCCCUCCCCUUUCUCAUGUGGCAUCCAUUGCUGGCAAUGGACACAUAAAAACAGUGGUGCAAGGAGUUAAUCAAAUCUGCCCUGAGUAUGCAAUGUCUCCUGAAGCACUGAGAAUACUUAGGUGAGUAUUUAGAGUCUCCUUUUUAUAGUUCAUUAAAUUAAAAGAGAACAAACACUGAACAGAUAGUUCUUCUGAUGCUGUGAUGCCAGUAUUAUGAAAUAAGAACAGUAUGUAGUUUAUCAGCUGUGUUGGUCUCAGGCAUAUAGGCCCAGGCAAAAUAGUCACCUGACACUGUACAUGGAGUUAAAAAAAAGAGAUUUGUGCAUGGAAUAAUGUAGAUGAGCUGUACUGGAGCAGAACAAGAAUUGCAAGGUGCAGAUGAGAAUGGGAUCUCACCAUUUUGGCCCUGGUUCUGUCAAGGUUAUCAAACACAGUGUCUAAAGCUGGGUUGUCCUCUCAUAGCAUAGCUUAAACGUGGUGUUGUGCUGCCUCCUACAUCACCCCCACAUCAUGUAAAACCCUCAGCCUCAUAGAAACAUCCUUAGGAUCCCUGCUUUCUCCUUAGCUGUUAGAAAAUUUUUAGAAAGGUUAAAAGGAGUUAGCAAUGUGGUUUGGAGGAGUGGCUGUCCACAGAGCUAACCUGGUACACAAUAACAGCUAUGUGUGUGUUAUUGUCUGUUCUUUAGGAGGUUCCAACUAAAUGACACUGGUUUUGCUCAGUGGGGUAAUAUUUAGAUGCUCAAACUAUGGAGGGGUUUCCCAGCAGCAUCUGGUAUUUAGUGUUUUAUCCUUCUUGCCUGUGUCAUUGUAACAGCUGUUUUGUCUGCUUUCCACUGAUGUCUGACGUGUACCACCCAGCUAUUGCAUCUUUAUAGAGUGGUAAUUUAUACCCAGAAGUGCACUUUACUUGCAGCUUGCACACCAGAAACAGAAAAGGACCCAGCAAAUUCUUAAAUCAAUUAAUUAUAUAUAAUAUCACAUACCUAAUGCAGCAGGAUUAGCCAGACUUCUCCGUUCUGAGCAACGUGGCUGCAGUCAGAGCUUUGUCUUUUCUGCAAAAUCUCCCUUUUUAAUACAUGUGAUGCUUCUUACAACAUCUUGCAGAAGUGCCCAGAGCACAGUACCAGGAUCUUGGUGGCAGCUCAGUGAGAGCUUCGGAGCUGGACUGAAGUUGAAGAGACAUUUACAUUAAGAAGAAAAAAACGCACAAGGCCUAACAUUUGUUGUAUGUGUAUCUUCCUCAGUAGAUUAAAGUUGCCUGUUUUGAGUUCACCAGCAAUAAAAAAACCUUGUGAUUUA